UUUUAACCCGUUUUGUACUGGCGUGACAUAUAUGUUACGUAGAACAUAUGUUCAGUUAACUUACACCACACGUUUACAUGUUGAAACUUGUUUCAUGAUAGGUCCUGUGUGUGAGAGCUAAUACAUGUAUCUACUUGCAUACAAGUUUUUACAGGAAUAGAAGUUCAUUCAAGGGAGUGACACCGUUCUGUGCAUAAGUGCCGUUUUUGCUCCGGUGUGAAAAUGAGUUCAGGCAAAAAGUCUCUGACUGUCAAUGAACUACUAGCAGAGUUAGAAAAAGAAGAUAUUGCUGCAGAUGUUUUUAUUGAGCCUGCUGAUGAUGGUCUGACUGACGAAGAUUCUGCUGAUGAAGAUCAAGGUGGUCUAAUUGAUAAUCUCUCUGGUAAACAAUUAGAUGCUGCAGGUGAAGCAGCUCUUCCAAAUGGAGUUCGGCUUGGAAAUUUAGGAGAGGACUUGGAGAACUAUGAUGACUCUAGUUAUUGCUUCAAAACUCCAAAGGGUGGGGGACUAGAAAGGCAACAUUUUCUUCACCAAAACCAAUUUUUCCUGAGGCGAAUUACAGUCAAUACCGGAACUUAUCACCAUGUGAAUUAUUCCGAAUUGUUUUUUGAUGAGGAAGUUUUCAGAUUGAAAUAG